CAGCAUAAAGAAAAAAAAGUACCAGAAGAUCAUUUCUUACCAAGCAAAACAAAGCUAUUUUGUUUUGCAAAAUUUUCUGCCACAGUCAUUCCCUUUGUAUUAGCUUCUUCAGUUUCACGAGAUAAGAUUGAUCACAAAAAUGAUUCCUACGAAGGUUCAUGCUGUGACGGGAGCGAAGGUGGUGGAGAAUGAGGAUUCCAGGGAAAACAGAGGAAAGGGAAAGAAAAGUAUGAAAAACUUGAUCAAGAAAAUGGACAGAUAUCCGGGUUUGGUUUGGCGAGCCGCGGUGAAGAUGGGAAAAGAAGAUCCAAGAAAGGUGACUCAUUCCCUGAAAGUUGGUCUGGCUUUAACUUUGGUUUCUUUGUUGUAUCUAUUGGAGCCAUUGUUUGCAGGGAUUGGUGAUAAUGCCAUUUGGGCUGUCAUGACUGUUGUUGUUGUUCUUGAGUCCACUGCAGGUGCUACUUUGUGUAAAGGUCUAAAUAGAGGAUUUGGGACUUUCAUAGCUGGAUCAUUGGCAUUUUUUAUUGAGUUCAUUGCGAAUGAAUCCGGUCGAGUUUUCCGAGCUGUUUUUAUUGGAACUUCAGUUUUUCUGAUUGGAGCUAUCACUACAUACAUGAGAUUCUUUCCCAACAUAAAGAAGAACUUUGACUAUGGAGUUAUGAUAUUUCUAUUGACAUUUAAUCUGAUAGCCGUUUCGAGUUAUCGAAUUGAUAAUGUGUUGAAGAUUGCUCAUGAAAGAUUAUACACCAUUGCAAUAGGCUGUGGUAUCUGUCUUUUAAUGACUCUACUGGUAUUUCCACACUGGUCGGGGGAAAACCUUCACAACUCCACUGUAUCUAAGCUUGAAAGUCUAGCCAAAUCCAUAGAUGCUUGUGUCAAUGAGUACUUUGAUGAAACAGAAGAAACUUAUGAUGACUCGAAUGAGGAUCCCAUAUAUGAAGGUUUCAAGGCUGUUUUAGACUCAAAAUCUAAUGAUGAGACCAUGGCUUUGCAUGCGAGUUGGGAACCGAGGCACUCGAGACAUUGUUACAGAUGUCCAUGGCAGCAGUAUGUUAAACUGGGAGCUGCUCUUCGCCAGUUUGGAUACACUGUUGCUGCACUACAUGGAUGUUUACGAACUCAAAUUCAGACCCCAAGACCAAUUCGAGUUCUAUUGAAGGACCCCUGCAUUCGACUAUCGGCGGAAGUCUCAAAGGUACUUAAAGAACUAGGCAACAGCAUAAGAAACCGCUCUCAUUGCUCGCCGGAGAUACUCACUGACAACCUCAACAAAGCAUUACAAGACCUCAACACAGCCAUCACCACCCAACCGAGGUUCGGCUCCACCAACAUGAAGAAGCCAAAUGAUGGGCUAGAACAACAGCAGCAGCAGCAAAUGCCACAGAAAUUCUUUUCUGGGGUCUUGUCAUUGUCAAAAAGGGAGCAACUUCAAACAUCAAAGGAUCAGUUAGAUGAUACUGAUCAGAGUAACAAGUUGAGUAAGCAAAUGAGCAAAAUCACUAUAACAAGUCUUGAGUUCUCAGAAGCACUUCCUCUAGCUGCUUUUGCUUCAUUGCUGGCUGAGGCUGUGGCCAAGCUAGACCUUGUCAUUACUGAAGUUGAGGAGCUUGGAAAGCAGGCUUGUUUUAGGGAGUUUGUGAAGAAUGGUGGUGGUGAUCAUGAGACUAUUACCGUGACUUGUGAGACGCCUAUAAUGGAAGUUGAUCAAAAUCAUUUGCCUCCUCAUAGAACUGAAUGAGUACUAGUACUAUGCUUUUGGAGUUUUGGUGUUCUUAAUAGGGUACUGUCCUGUUUGUAUGUGCAAAAUGGGAUCAUAUACAUAUAUACUUCUAGGUGUCUAUAGAUUCUUUUUAGAAGUAGAUGGGUAAAAAAUGGUGUAUGUAAUAUCAUUAAUUUUCAUGCUGGCUUAGAAUAUUCAUAAAUAUUAUUUUGUUUGUAUCAAGUUUUGGAUAAAAAUGUACUUUCCAUCAUGUAUAGCAUUCCGCAUGAGUUGUAUAAA